UACAGCGCUGUGGUGCGCAGUUCAACUCUUACAAGAUGCAGGGUUGACCGUCUCGCUCCGGAGCAAGCCGGUGGUGCGUCUCUUUUUAUCUCUGUCCAUUGUAGCCAUGUCUACAGACGUGGAAAGCCGCAGGCGUAGGUCCACAGUCGACAGUCAAGAGGCCCUGUGGGAUCAUGAUCCUCGAGGUCACCGCCGUGGCUCGCUGUGCGACCGGCUCUGCGCUGCCAGCCUGCAGCCCGAGCUGGCAGAGACCCCGUCGCCAACCUUCACCCACCAGCACAGUCAUGCCACCCCUGGCUGCUUGUCCAGACAGAGAAGAUGCUCUUCCCCUUCGAGGUGUGCUCACACCUCCAACGACCUGUGGGAGGAAUGCACCUGCAAGACCACCAUCCGAGCGGAGAAUGAAGUGGAAGCUCACAAGUUAGUGAACAACUACCGGUUCGGUUUCAGGAAGUGGAAAAGCCAUGUGACUGAGCGGCCGUUUGAGGAUCGGUCUGAUAUUGUGAAGGAGCUUUACUCUGAACUUAACUUCAUAAAACCCCAAGCAGGGUCUUUGGUUACAUGUGGAAAUAUAGUGUAUGUGUUUCUCUUUGGCUGGUGGCUGUCCCUGGUUUACUUCCUGGUCAGCUUUGUCAUGUUUCUGACGGUCUUCGGGCUCCCUUACGGGAAGCUUUGCUUGCAGCUGUCUUAUUAUUUUCUAUGGCCUUUUGGGAAGUCAGUACAAAAGACCUCCAGUAUGGUGAGGAGGUGCUGUGUGAAGUUCCCCCAUUGUGAGGCCAUCCCUGAGGUGGAUGAGGUCCGGGAGACGACGCCCCUGCUGGACUCCACGUCCGUGGAGGCUCCUGCCCCCUGCCUCAGUGCUCCUGCAGAACCUCUGCCUCGCUACUGGCGUCGUGUCAGCACGUACGUGUGGCUGUUGCUGGGAUACCCUCUCCUGUGUGUGGUCCACGCUCUGGCCUGCCUGCUCUCCUGGCUCCUGGUUUUCACCAUCCCUGUCACCAAAAUGAACGCUCGGACCAUGGGGACCAUCCUGCUCAUGCCACCAGAGGAGGUCCGUAUCACUGUGCCUGGAAAGAAUCAGGGCUGUGAGACCAGAGCAGUUCUCUGUUGCUACUAUGCCUUCAACUGGUAUUACUACAAGUACACAGUCGAUGGCCUCAACGUCUUUGCUGUCAAUCUUCUGCCUUUGGUCAUUAUCACGCUGGUGAUUGGUUAUGCGGAUAAGGACAACUACUGUACCAACUCUGAAACGAAGUUUGCGUUGGCCAUGGUCUCCAUCAUGCCCCUGUCUUAUUACAUUGGCAUGGGCAUUGCCAGUAUCUCGGCGCAGAGUAACUUUGCCGUGGGGGCAGUGGUCAACGCUACCUUCGGCUCCAUCACGGAGCUGACUUUCUACAUCACAGCGCUGCUGCGUGGCCACGAAGGAGGGACCAAGUGCUACGAGGAGGUUGUGAAGUCUGCUCUGACGGGGACCCUGCUGGGAUGCGUACUAUUCAUCCCAGGGAUAAGCAUGAUCCUCGGAGGCUGUCGGCACCAGGAGCAGAGGUUCAACAGCCGUUCGGCAGGGGUCAGCUCCGCCCUGCUCUUCAUUUCGGUGGGAGGGGUGUUCGCACCCACGCUUUUCUCCAAGGCCUAUGGGAAUCUGAUGUGCGACAGCUGCACCAGCUCUGCGGCAAAUGGCAGCGGCCCCCUGGUCUGCAGGGACUGUCACUAUGACCUGAGUGAAAAUAAUUACUCCCUGUUCCACAGCCACAUUGAGCCACUGAUCUACACUAUCUCCAUCCUGCUGCCUGCAGCCUAUGUUGUGGGCCUCAUCUUCACGCUGAAGACGCACUCUCACAUUUAUGACAUCCACAUCAGCGGCUGCCACGCAUCUGGGCACCAUGGCGCAGUGGUGCACUGGUCCAGGUGGAGAGCUUUGGUCAUCCUCAUCACAGCCACGUUGCUGAUGUCUGCCUGCGCUGACCUGACCACAGAGCAUAUCAAGCCCAUCCUGGCCCACUCUCACAUCUCCCAGUAUUUUAUAGGUGUGACCGUGAUCGCGAUGAUCCCUGAACUCCCAGAGAUUGUCAACGGCAUUCAGUUUGCCCUACAGAACAACAUGAGUUUGAGCCUGGAGGUUGGAAGUUGUCUAGCUGUGCAAGUCUGCAUGCUGCAGAUCCCGGUCCUCAUCUUGUUCAACAUUUUCUGUGAUGUUGGCUUCGUACUCAUAUUCAGCGACCUGCACCUAUGGUCCAGUAUCUUCAGUGUCAUUCUUGUCAACUAUAUUUUCAUGGACGGGAAGUCAGACUACUUUCAAGGUACAGCCUUGGUGGUUCUCUACCUUGUCUUCAUGGCCCUCUACUUCUUCGCACCUUCACCUGCAGGCUGCUAAGCUCCUGAAGGAGGGGAGGGGCUGUGUGGUCCUGCUUUUUUUGUUUGCUGUGUUCAGAUUGUGGGCAUGUUUAGUUUCCUUGCUCCAUUCCAUACUCGUAGAUUACUUUGUCCUCAGCAAUACUUGAUCUGUCUUUGAAUGUUAGGGUGAUUGUCACAUGGUGUAAAACAAAAGUACUUUUUUAUGUCAUGCAAACUGCAAUGUAUUGGUUGAAGAUGAAUAUUUUUGUAAAUCUAAUGGAAAUAAUGUAACUUUUUUAAUAGAAAACUGACAAAUCCACAUUUUGUAAUGAAAAGCAUGUUAACCAUAAUUAAAUAUUAAUUCAAAGCA